UAAGACGCGUCCCUCCUAUACCUAUUUGCUUCCAGCAUUCAACAAAUACCUAUUUUGGUAUAAAGUCGACACAACAAAAAUGGCCUCGCGAUCUUCUGUAGCGCCGAAUCGGCCGGUCAAUACCGAUAUAGACAAUUACGAUGUCGACGACGACCCCUUUGCCUCAUCUGGGGAUGAAGCCCCCAAGAAUGAUACACAGUCGAAGAAGAGGAAAGACCAGAGCGGCCUGGGUAUUGAUGAGGCCGUAGCCGUACAGAAGAAGGCUAGAGUACCUAUGGUCAAGCUUGACGAGGGAAGAUUGUUAUCUGAAAAAGGUAUUCCGCGAUUACGACGAAAAGCUCGGGACCUGAAAUUCAAGGGCAAAGGACAUGAGUUCUCCGAUGCCGCUAGACUUCUCUCAUUCUACCAAUUAUGGUUCGAUGACUUAUUUCCCAAAGCGAAAUUCCUAGACGCCGUGGCUAUGGCAGAGAAAGCUGGUCACAAAAAGUACAUACGGAUGAAGCGAUUAGAAUGGAUUGACGAAGGGAAGCCCAAGUCAGCGGCCAUUGAAGGAGAUGACGAUGACCUUUUCGGCGAGUCUAAUGAUCAGCCCGAGGAGCGUGACCCCGCCAUAUUCCCUGCCAGAGUUGCACCGAUAUUCCAGAACCAAGGGGGGGAGAAAGCACAAACGCCUCCUCGGGAUGACAUACCCCCCGACGACGAAGAUAUAUACGAUGCGACACCGCGAGCACAGAAGACAGCACAACCUACAAGUACAUCAUUAUUCGGAGGUGGAGGGGCAAGCACAUCACUGUUCGGAAAUGGUGGCGAGCCUGAUGAAGACGAUUUGGAUGCGCUCAUGGCCGAGGAGGAAGCGCAACGCACAAAACCGAAAUCUCUCUUUGGUAAUGGGGAGGCAAUAGCUAGGCGACCGCGAGAUGAACCGGAUGAAGACGACUUAGAUGCAUUAAUGGCAGAAGCUGAAGCUGAGGCGGGACCACCAAAACGCAAUCCCGAUCCACCAUCGAAGCCAGCGCAGACCGCGCCAAACGAUGAUGAGGGAGAUGACUUAGACGCAUUGAUGGCGGAAGCAGAAAACGAAGCGCAAUCAAAACAGUCCACAAGUUCCAAACCAAACGGAGAAACAGACAAACUUCAGAAUACAGCCGAUGCAGAUGAAGAGGAGGUAAUGGCCGAAAUGGAUGGUUUAUGGUGAGGAUAUAGUAGGAAUUAUGAAUUAUAAUGACUUGUAAUGAGAUUGGGAUAGGGGUGUUUUCCGCUCUGAGCCUGCUAUAAUCGCUCAGCUUUACCGCAUUAACUCCUCCAUUUUAGGGGAUAAUAUGCUAUAGGAUAGGUACCUAGGUAGGUUUUAGAAACGGCGCACAGCACGUUUUCAGUUGAUAGUACUAAUCCCAUCCACUGUUUUACAGGCCCCAGGUCACCCACCACCUACGAACAAAGCUUCUCAUUCGUACCCAACAUGCUCUAAUACCACCGAUAA